CUCGCACAUCGUCCGUACAAGUGGUUCCCGGGGCUCCCUUUCCUGCCUCGGGGUGGCCGAAGCGAAGGACCCCGGCGUGGCUGUCUUGAGGGGCCCCUGAGCAGCCUUCAGUUGCACAGGUUGGCCGCUGGCAACGCAGCAGGCAGACAGGUAGAAGAAAGGAGAAGGGCACGAGUUAGCGCUCGAGUGGUAAGCGUCUCCUUCCUAUCCAUUUUCUCCUUUUGCCUGCCGUCCUCUGCCCCAACUCCUCCUCCUCCUCCUCCCUGGAAAUGAAAACCCUAGAGGCCAACGAAUCCAUGGCUGGCGAGCCGCUGGCCCAAUCCCGGACUGAAGCUAAACCUGGGGUGGCUGUGCAUGUUGGUGAUGAGGGUGUGGGUUUAGGGUUGGCUAGCCGUGGGUCGCCGGGGGAAAUCGCUUUCGCCGUUGGUGAUCUCGCGUGGGGGAAGACCAAGGGCCAACCGUGGUGGCCGGCGAUGGUUUCUGAUCCGUCCCGCGCGCUCGACGACGCCAAGAAGGCUCACCGGAGGGAUGUCUCCUUCUUCGUCACUUGCUUCGGUAGCGGCGCCUUUGCGUGGUGCGAGCCGGCCCAGCUGAAGCCCUUCGUCGAGGAGUUCCAUCGCAUGGCGAGGCAGAGCAGCUCGAAGGGCUUCGUCGGAGCCGUCGAGGGCGCGUUGAAUGAGAUGAGGCAGCGCCUCCAGUUGGCGCUUACUUGCUGCUGUGUUUCGCCGGAGGCCCGAGGGAAAAAUGCUGGAGGUCCACCUAGGAGACUCCCGGUCACGAACUUCGAGCCUAUCGAGUUUCUCGAGCACCUCCAUGAUGUGGCUUGUGAUGUUCUGGCGGCCGAUAUGUUGGAAGUUGCAGCUCUCAAGAGUUGGACGAUGGCUUUUGGGAAGGGGUGGACAGAUGGUGCGCCUGGGUGCCAUCCUCGCCGUCAGAUAAUGGAGCUGGUGGAUAAGAUCGAUCUUGACGUGCCGCCAGGCGACUUUGGUGAUGGCAAUGAGGAGGGAGAUGACGACUGUUGGAUCACUGGAAGCAGGGUCGGAAAAGGUCUCAGGACAUCACAAGGCAAUAUGCAUAAAAGCCAGAAGAGAAGGAGCAUGGCAGUGCUCAUUGCCGAAACAGAUUUGGAUACAGUUGAGCUCAGCAACGGCGAUGAACUUGAGGUGGAGGAGGAGAAGGAAAAGGCAGCAAAGCACCAGAUGAAGUCCGAGAAUGAGGAAGAUAUGGUCACGGGUGGUGGUAGUAUUAAAGCCCAAGAAGAUCCCUGCUCAGGUAGGCGGGAGCGAAAGAGGAGCAAGUACUUGUCCCCUCCUUACACUUGUUUGGGUGCAUAUACCAUGACUCUUGACUCACCAGUGCUCACCGAGGUGAAGUCACCAAGGAAGGCUGCUGAAGCCUCUGGGGAUUUAAAUUCUGAUAUCUCAGCAGUAUUGAGAUGCAACUCUGAGGCCUUUCAGAAGGAAGAGGAUAAUUGUAGUCCUGGUUUCAGCGUUGAGAACACAUCUAUGAUAGAGAUUCUUUUCGAGUUUCUUUGCACAGCAAAAAAUCUGCUCCAUUUAAAGUGGAAUCGGUCAGCAAAAAUGAUUAAAGGCUUCUUCAUUAAAUAUAGAAGCACAAUGUACUCUAGUGGAUCUGACUUCUUAACGUUCCAGAAGCACGGUACUGACUGCUGCGAUGGAAGUGGCCAAUCCUCAAACAAGGUGACUAUCAAUACCAGCUCUGGAGUUGGAGAAUGCGAGAAUCAUUGGUGGAAUAGCAAAGGUGUUGCUAUUUCAGAAGCAGAGACAGGUUUUGGUGCUGAUACAAAAAGUCAUUCUGAACAAGGCAAAGCUGGGAAGAAGAGGAAGAUGAGAUUGGAUGAAGCUACCAGUGUAUCACCAGCAAAGCUGGAUCCUCAGGUCAUAAACGUUCCAGUGGAGAGCAGAUAUGUGCAUAAAAACAUAAAGAACAAAGAUGGAGCUACUGAAGAAAGUGUGGUACUGUGCCCUGAGCCUGUUAGUUGUUUGCAACCAGCUGAAGUAGGGAACAAGAUGAAGAAGGGCAAGGGAGUUGCUGAUGGUCAAAAGGCUUUGAAACCUGGCCAUGAUCUUUCAGAGAGGUCACAAGGAGGCAAAUCUGGACGGAAGAGGAAGAAGAGCAAACCGGCAAAUAUUGGUGUACCUCUAGUUGAUUUGGGCACGGGCAUUAUGAAUGGUUUGGAGAAAGACAUAUGCAGGCAAAGUUACCCUGGAGCUCUUCUCUUGACUUUUGCCCAUGGAGUUCCUCUUCCCUCCCAAAAUGAACUAACUUCCGCUUUCCGCAAAUAUGGUGUCGUGAUUGAAUCAGAAACAGAGCUGCUAAAAGAGACCAAUAGUGCACGUAUUGUGUUUGCCAAAAGCACUGAUGCAGAAAAAGCCUUUAAUAGCUCAGAUAAGACUGGUUAUUUUAGGCCUCCAUAUGCUAGCUACUGUCUCUGCUGUCUACCGGCAAUUGCAUGCUCUCCUCAUCCAGUGCCUCCACUUCCUUACAUAAGGGAGGGUCUUGAAAGGAUGAUAUCUACUUUGACUUCUACUUCAUCAUUGAAAGAGACAGGGACAUCUGAUGGAAUGAAGCAUGAUGCAAGGGAAAAUUUAGUUGGGGAUAUGGAGGGCCUACUGAAGAAGGUUAACACAAUGCUAAGUGGGGCUGCCACUGGUACCUAAUUUAACAAUCAUAAUAUCUGGUUCUAACCUCCCUUACCUCUGGCUUCAAUGAUCAGUCAGUGCAGCUGGUAUUAGUAUCAUCUGCUUAAUUUAGGUUGUUGAAUGUUGAGUUAUUCAGUGUACAUGGGAUCGGUACCACCUGCUUAAUUUAGACUGCCAAAUGUGAGCGUGAUUUUUAUUAGGUUCGCCUGCUUUAUGUAGGUUGUGGAACGUUGACAUGUCGAUGUUAUGCUUAGCUUAGUUUCAAUCAUUAGUGUGCAUCAUAGACUUUUCCUUCUGUUUCCA